AUGACGGACCUGCUCAACAUAAGCAAGUUUGAGAAUAUCUGCCUGCUACCGGAAGAUCUGGACAAGCAGGAGGAUCCUCGAACACCGACUUUGAGAAGAGUCAGUUACGGUAUUGUAUUGCCGACCAUUUGUUGCCUUGGCAUCAUCGGAAAUAUCUUGAAUCUUGUUGUCCUCACGAGAAGAAAUAUGCGCGGCACUGCUUACGUCUACAUGAGAGGUUACUCCGCGGCGGCGCUUCUCGCGAUUCUUUUCUGCAUCCCUUUCGCGCUGAGGGUGCUCAUCCACAAGGAGACCGGGGGAUGGAGUAGCUGGGUCCAGGCCUUCUAUCAUGCUCACCUCGAGCUCUUUCUUGGGAAUGGCUGUUUAGGGGUUGGAGUAAUGAUGCUUCUGGCAUUGACAGUGGAGCGUUACGUAAGCGUCUGUCAUCCCGGGCAACACACGCAGCCACUCUGCGGACCACCUCACCUAACAGUGGUACUCAUCCCUCUGGCUACAUUUCUCGUUUAUCUGCCGAGUGUAUUUCGAGGUGAAAUUACGACUUGCCUGCUUGGACCCGACGGUCCUCUAAUCUACCAGAGGAGAGACAAUCAGACGUUUCUCAACUCGUGGUACUAUCAGGUGUAUAAGGUGGUGCUAGAAGUUGUUUAUAAAGUGGCGCCAACGAUCUUUCUCGCCGGUUUCAAUCUAAGAAUAAUGAUAGUGUACAGAAGAUCCUGCGAGCGACGCCGAAGAAUGACCCUAUCGAGAACUGUCAGCAGCGACGAGGACCCUAGAACUUUCGCCGAAGAACGAAGGCUCAUGCUGCUCUUAGGUAGCACUAGUAUCCUUUUUUUAGUCUGCGUCAGUCCGAUGGUUAUCUUAAACGUUACGCUCAGUGAGAGCAAUCUCAACAAUUAUGCUUACCAGGUGUUCCGUGCACUAGCCAAUCUGCUGGAAGUGAUCAAUUACUCGAUCACAUUUUACAUUUAUUGCCUCUUUUCGGAAGACUUCCGAAACACUCUAAUUCGUACUCUGCAGUGGCCGUGGGUCAAGAACGAACAAGGCAGUAGGAGCUUGCCCAUGAAACGUUCCCCGAUACCGAGACCGACGACUACGACGACAACCCCGCCAACUACCACAGUCGCGACCCCCGGACAUCUGGCUCGUGCCAGCGUUUAA